UUAGAAAAUCAAUACGAUUCGUUUCGAACUCUUCCUUGCCCGAGUUUCUGGGCUGGGCAUCCUCCCAUGCCCAGUUCCCCCCAAGACUUUAAUACAACAAUUCUCGUCUCUCUGGCUCUUUCUCUCUUUCUCUUCCUCCUUUGGCGCUGGUUGGGGACUCAAAAACAAGUCCUUACCUUUGGCUCUACCAGAAGGCUCGCAGCAGGCCAUGGCUGCAAAGAAAAUAAUAGCUAUAUGCCAGUCGGGCGGUGAGUUUGUGACAAACAAGGAUGGAACAUUGUCAUACAAUGGUGGGGACGCUUAUGCAAUUGACAUUGAUCAGCAAACACAGUUGAGUGAUUUCAAGUCUGAAGUAGCUGAAAUGUUCAAUUGUGCUGUUGAUACCAUGUCCAUUAAGUACUUCCUUCCAGGAAACAAAAAGACCCUUAUCACUAUCUCUAAAGAUAAGGAUUUACAGCGCAUGGUUAAUUUUCUUGGGGAUACGAUGACUGUUGAUGUAUUUAUCAUGUCAGAGGAAGCUGCUGCUAGGAAUGUGUCCAACAUGCCUGCUAGUAGGUCAAGCAGGACGACUGUGUCAGAAGCUGUGGUUCCUCUGGUCAAUGUUACUCCUGUUGAUGUUCACAUUGAUAUUGAUCGAGUUGACCUGGAUGUCCCUGAUGAAAAUCCUAUAUCCUGCAUUCCUAUUGGAAUAGCUGAUGAGAAGCAUCGUAAAGCUGCUCUACAGUGGGAAAACACCAUUACUGGUGUUGAUCAAAGGUUUAGUAGUUUUGCUGAAUUCAGAGAAGCUUUGCAUAAGUAUUCAAUUGCACAUGGAUUUGCUUACAGAUAUAAGAAGAAUGACAGUCAUCGUGUUACUGUCAAAUGCAAAUCCCAAGGUUGUCCUUGGCGGAUAUAUGCAUCCAGGUUGUCAACCACUCAAUUAAUUUGUAUCAAGAAAAUGAAUGUAGAACAUACAUGUGAAGGAGCUGCUGUGAAAGCUGGGUAUCGAGCAACAAGGGGUUGGGUGGGAAGUAUCAUAAAGGAGAAACUGAAAGUUGCCCCGAACUACAGGCCAAAAGACAUUGCGGAUGAUAUCAAACGGGAGUAUGGGAUUCAACUGAAUUAUUCUCAGGCAUGGCGUGCAAAAGAGAUUGCAAGAGAGCAGCUUCAAGGCUCAUAUAAAGAGGCAUAUAAUCAGUUGCCAUUUUUUUGUGAAAGAAUAAAGGAAACCAAUCCAGGCAGUAUUGCUACAUUCUCCACAAAAGAUGACUCGAGUUUCCAUCGUUUCUUUGUCUCAUUUCAUGCAUCAAUAACUGGCUUUGAACAAGGUUGUCGUCCUCUCAUUUUCCUUGACAGUGCUUCUUUAAACUCAAAAUAUCAAGGAAUGUUGUUGGCUGCUAUUUCAGUCGAUGGGGAUGAUGGUAUUUUUCCUGUAGCUUUUGCUGUAGUGGAUAUUGAUUCAGAGGACAACUGGCAUUGGUUUUUAUUGGAACUGAAGUCUGCUGUCUCUACAUCUCGUCAGAUUACAUUUGUUGCUGAUUUUCAGAAUGGUUUAAAGAAAUCACUGGCUGCAGUUUUUGAUAAAUGCUACCACAGCUAUUGUUUGCGUCAUCUCGCUGAGAAACUAAAUAGAGACUUAAAGGGGCAGUUUUCUCAUGAAGCAAGACGCUUCAUGAUAAAUGAUUUUUAUGCUGCAGCAUAUGCACCCAGACUUGAGGGAUUCCAGCGAUCUGUAGAGAACAUAAAAGGCAUCUCCCCCGAAGCUUAUAACUGGGUGAUACAGAGUGAGCCAGAACACUGGGCAAAUGCCUUCUUUGGAGGAGCAAGGUAUAACCACAUGACAUCAAACUUUGGGCAACAGUUCUACAGUUGGGUAUCAGAGGCACACGAAUUGCCAAUAACUCAAAUGAUUGAUGCAUUAAGAGGCAAAAUUAUGGAAUCAAUUUAUACUCGUCGGGUGGAAUCCAAUCAGUGGAUGACAAAGUUAACACCAUCAAAAGAGGAAAAAUUGCAAAAGGAGACUUCAAUAGCAAGGUCACUUCAAGUUUUACUUUCUCAUGGUAGCACAUUUGAGGUUCGCGGAGAAUCUGUUGAUAUUGUUGAUACUGAUCAUUGGGAUUGUAGCUGCAAAGGAUGGCAACUAAAUGGGUUGCCCUGCUGCCAUGCAAUUGCUGUCUUUGAAUGCAUUGGUAGGAAUCCAUAUGAUUAUUGCUCCAGAUACUUCACCAUCGAGAGUUACCGCUCAACCUAUGCCGAGUCGAUUCACCCUGUACCAAAUGUUGACAGGCCAAUUCAGGGUGAAUCAAGUGACGCGGGAGUUAUUGUUACUCCUCCACCAACUAAGCGCCCACCUGGCAGGCCGAAGAUGAAGCAGGCCGAAUCUAUCGACAUAAUUAAGCGUCAACUUCAGUGUAGUAAGUGCAAGGGCCUUGGCCAUAAUAAGAAGACAUGCAAAGGUUCAUAGCUUAGAUGAUUAGGCUUUGUAGGUAGGUAUCUAGUCGUCACUGAUAUCCUGCUUUGUAACUUUAAACAAUUUUGAUUGGCGGUGUAGGCUUGUGUUUCUGUGCAGGGAUGAUUUUUAGCAAGCAUCACACUCUGCAUACCUUGGUUAUGUAUUUUAGGUGCUAGGCUAAGCAUCCAAUUAGUUGUUAGUGAAACUAAUUGUUCAGCUAUGACAUUGCAAUUUUUAUUCGUGCGUUUUUUUUUAA